GUGAGUUGCCCUAAAGAAGAACCCGACCCUGCUACACUAUAUAGGGAUUAGUGAAUUAGUGAAUGAGUGAACGAGUGCCUAUUUCGGACACAGCUACAGUGUGAUAAAAAAAUAAAAUACCUAGCAAAACAAUGUUAAUAUGACAUUUACUAUCUCACAACUACUACUGUGGGAGGGCAAACAGAAGGAAUGUGGCGUGUCUUCAGUUUCAUUUCUCAAGAACAGACUGCCAUUCCAUUUUCACGUCUGUCCGAGGAUCACAGCCAUCGUCAGAAUGUGGAUUCUGUUGCUUAUUUGGAUCAUUUUUUUCGCGGAUGGAAAAACUAUUGGCGAGUGUCGUUUGGUUCUUCAUGCAUUGGCCACAGCCGUGUGUCAGCUGUACCUGGUGCUGUUACACCUGCGUCGUGCCGGCCAACACAUGGUUAAAGCUCGGCGUAUUGAUUUGACCACUGAUUGCAUUAAUGAAAAUUUGUUACGGUGUAGUACUCGGACCGAGUAUCUUAAGAGUCGUAGAAAAGCCUAUGUUCAUAUCCUGGAAGGAGUGUGUUUGCUCUGGGAGUCUCUCUCUCUGUUUCUGGCGGUCGUGUCGACUCUGUGUGUCGCUGUCAGACACGUCCUGCAGGCGGCGCUGUUUCUCAUUGUGUCCACGGUGCGCUGGCCGCAAAAGAUGCUGCUUUCUCAAGAGGAUUUGGAUGAAUGGGAGAAAGAACAGAAGAAAGACAAAAAGGAAUUACAGGAACAGAGAAAACAGGUGGAGGAAUACCUAAAUGCUGUUGAGCUCUUUAAAUGCUGUUGAGCUCAACCCUUCACUUCACAGGACAAAAAGUGGUUGAUUAUACCUCUGAAAAAAGAACAUAGUUGAGAAUUCCUCAAAGGAACAGUUCACCACAAAAAGUAGCUUCUGAAGCCAUAUGAGCUCUAUGAGGAACACACAGGGAGUCGAACUUGAGAAGAUCAGUCUGUCUUGUGAAUUAAUCCCUUUUAAAUAGUUUUGUAAUCUGGACCAACCAAAUCAUUGGGGAAAAAAUAAUUCUAUUACUUGAAAAGUGCUAUAUACUAUUUAACCAUUUUGCUAAUAAUUUCCUUGCUUGUGAAUUAGGCACAGCAUUAGACCACACUCUUUCUGAAACUUCACUUUAAGACGUAUACCAUGGUAGUAAAGUAUCUUUUUGACACUUUUAUUUUUUAUUUGUUAAUGUACACUUAUCUUAACAUAUCGGUGUUUAUAUGGUUUAUGGCUGAAGGCUUUCUGUUCACAUUUUGUAAAACUAUUAUUUCAUGUUUCUUUACAUACAGCAGUAAUCAAGAUAUUACAAUAUCAUACAAAAAUAUAUUUUUUUGUUAACAAUUACACAAUUAGAAAAUUAUUUCAUUAAACAUAAACAUAUAUACUGCAAUAACAGUUGAAAAUAAAUGAUUUUUCACAUUUAGAGCAGCAGGUUUGUUCUGUGUUUGACACUAAAAACUCAUACAGAACUUACACAUAUUAGCAAUUUUACAAUAAAAGAAUCGAGAGUU